AUGAAGAAGUCACUGGUAGGAUCAACUGUCUCAAAGGAUGGUUGGUUACCAUGAAAGCCAUUCUUUCGAUUUGGGAUCAGCUUCAUCAAAACCAUGCCUUCAAAUUUCUUCUCACUAGAAGGGUUAAACAACGAUCCGAUAAAGAACUUUUUUGGUUCUAUUCGCCAGCAAGGUGGUAACAGUGACAAUCCGACCCCCAUUGAGUUCACCUAUGCGAAGACAUAGCUGUUCUUCAGCUUGUUCUUGAAUUUGUCAAAAGGGAAUUGUGCUGGGAAUUGUGCUGGGAAUUGUGCUGGGAAUUGUGCUGGGAAUUGUGCUGAGGAUUUUGAUGACCUUCUUGCCCAGUUUGCUAAAGCUAAAUCCAAGAAGAGUAAUGUUCCUGCUGUGGCUGCUCCACCAAAAGUAGCACCAAUGGGAUCCACAAUUUCGGUUGGUCUGAGUUACACUUGGGGGCUGGGAAUGCUUUUGGAGGUGGUUUGUGCCUCGAAUCCAGCUGCACUGGAGGAUGGCAUUGGAGAGGUGAAUUCACAGCAUCAUUGAGAUUUGCACAGCUGGGAUAGUCAUUGGUCAGUAGCUUAAGUACCUACUAGCCAGCCAAAUUGUCUUGAGUUCAUGGUUACAGCCUUGCUGAAUGCAGCGUGCAUCUGCUCCAACAGAGCUAUACCCUCCAAAGAACUGUCAUGCUUAGGUCAUAUACUAUUACUCUAUAUGCUCACUGAGUGAUCGCAUGUUAAUGGGUUAAAAUAUAGUUGAAAUGUAGAUAUAUGAGAAUGACAUCUUUAUCACAAUUGUGUAUAUUAUAUGUGUGCCAACAUUUUAACAACAUACGAGCAUAGCAUUAUUGUAUGCUUAUGAAAUUUAUAAUAUAGACUUUGAAUACCCCCUUUGACAUUACAUAUUUACAUUAAUCUCAUCAUCAGCUACGUCACUACGGAGUACCAUGAGAAGCAUGCGCAUUGCUUGUCAGUCAGUGCAUGGUUUGCUUUGUCGACCGGCGAACAUGUUCUGAAGAGCUCUGAAGAAAAUAUAUAAAUAUUCAGUGGGAGACACACUCAAACUGUAAGUAGCGCUCCCUAAUUUCAAUAAUUUGCAAUUCCUUGACUCUUUUUUCCAUAUUUAUAGCAGGUUUGUUCAAAACAAGUACGAACGACCAAACUAUGGGAGGACGAACAAUCUGCCCUGCAUGGGCAACAUACAAGCUCACAGAGCAUGAACAGCGAUGUUUCUAAUGAAAAAUUCGCUAAAACUUUGGCCACAAUGAACGAAAAUAUGGCCAACAUGGCUGCAAUAUUGGGCCAAAUAUGGCAGCACAUCGAUUCUGGCGGGAAAACUGCAAAGGCCAAAAAACGACAACAAGAGGAUCAAUACUCCUCUGAGUCGGAGCGAGAUGAACACACAGCAAAACGCCGUCGCUCAGCUCAUGAAAAUGAGGACAGUCUUAGCGUAACGGCCAGUGAUGACAAGGUAAGGCAGUUACUGAAUGACAGCGAUACGCUGCAACAACAAGACGAAAGCCCUGAUUUACCGACGACGAUUUGCUUCAAGAACUGGAACAACAGUUCAGUGAAGACAAAAGUCUAG